UCCGCAUUCAGUUAGUUCAGUUAACAGCGAAAAGUCGACAUAUUUGGACGUACAAAAAUAUAUUGAUUAGAAAAUUACAUUAACCCACGAUGCCACCACCGCCACACGAUCAUUGCGGAGGACCACCCCCUCGCCGAGGUCCCAUCAUUAAGGUCCAGAUCGCACCUCCAUGGCCGCGUCGCCACCACCGCCCACCACCCCAAGUUGUGGUGGUGCAGCAGCCGCCUCCACCACCACCGCCAGUUAUGGUGGUGCAGCAGGCGCCACCCCCUCCGUACUACCAGUAUCCACCGCCCCCACCUCCCGGGGGCAACCAUUACCACAACCCACAAUAUUGAAAAUGAACCUUAAUCUGAAUUUAUUAUAAAUAGCAUUAGUAAACAAAUAAAUAUGAACAAUAAAGUAUAUAUACAUAUAUAAA